CAGAAGAGAUGGAAGCAGAGGGCGAUUCGGCUGCCGAGAUGAAUGGGGAGGAGGAAGAGAGUGAGGAGGAGCGGAGCGGCAGCCAGACUGAGUCAGAGGAGGAGAGCUCAGAGAUGGAUGAGGAGGACUACGAGCGGCGUCGCAGCGAGUGUGUCAACGAGAUGCUGGACCUGGAGAAGCAGUUCUCGGAGCUAAAGGAGAAGUUGUUCAGGGAACGGCUGAGUCAGCUGAGGGUGCGGCUGGAGGAAGUGGGGGCUGAGAGAGCACCUGAGUACACAGAGCCUCUGGGGGGGCUGCAGCGGAGCCUCAAGAUCCGCAUUCAGGUGGCAGGUCUGUGGGCUGUCCUGUGCUCUGGGGCAGCCCCCAGGCCACCUACCUCUUCGUCUGCCAGAGCCCCUGGCUCUCUGCUCCCUGCUUUUCUCAUCCCUGCCCUGACCGGCCCUGCUCCUGGCUCCCCCUUUUGGACACCUGGGUCCCUCGCCAAGCAGGGCUUCCCAUCUCCCCUUCCCCCCAUCACUGUAGGGAUCUACAAGGGCUUCUGUCUGGACGUGAUCCGGAACAAGUAUGAGUGUGAGCUGCAGGGAGCCAAACAGCACCUGGAGAGUGAGAAGCUGCUGCUCUACGACACCCUGCAGGGGGAGCUGCAGGAGCGGAUCCAGAGGCUGGAGGAGGACCGCCAGAGCCUGGACAUCAGCUCUGAGUGGUGGGAUGACAAACUGCACGCCAGAAGCAGCGCAAAGACCUGGGACUCCCUGCCAGCCAGCAAGAGGAAGAAGGCUCCUCUCGUUUCUGGUCCUUACAUCGUGUACAUGCUGCAGGAGAUCGACAUCCUGGAGGACUGGACGGCUAUCAAAAAGGCCAGGGCAGCUGUGUCCCCUCAGAAGAGAAAAGCAGAUGGACCAUGACCGUGCUGUUCGGAGUCAAGGGGCCCCUCGGGGCAGCUGUCAGCAAAGCCAGGAUUCGCAUUUUCCUGCUGUGGGAAGGCAGACUGACAAGCCCCUCGGGGUCUGUCCAGCCAGCUCUCCGGUGCUGCUGCUGGACCUUCCCCUCCAGCCAUUGCUGGUCCGGACCCCUCUGCCCUCCUCGGGGGCCUGCACAGCUGUGGCCCAGAGCUGCCCUAGCCAGGCAAGACUGUCUCCUCCGUCCCCAGUGAGUGCACCACCUCCCCCUCCCAAAGGGCAGCCUCCUUGGUGCCCUCCUAGACAAAGAAGAUGUGGCUCGUCUUAAGCCAAAGCAGCAUCUCCUGCUGACCUUGGACCAGUUGCUGAGCCAGUGAGCUGGGCCCCACUCUGUGGGAACUGAGCCAGACGUUAUAUUUUCGGGGCCUGUCUCUCCUGGCUGUUGUUGGAGGUGAGAAGGCAGGCUCCCCGGGUCUUCUCAAGGAGGUUCUUGGUGUCUCCCAGAUUGCAGGGACUGGAAUUAAAAUCUCUCCUGGGACUCU